AUACUGAUCCCCCAUUCUUCCUCUUCCCAUUGAGUCUGCUUUUACUCUUGUACAAUACCCCCAUUUGCUUCCUCACAUCUCCCCUCCCAAUCACACCACAUUCUCCCAUCUCUCGACUGCGAGCCCUUUCCGACUAUCGCUUCGACUCGACCACGCCUCAUCGUCUCUCGUUAUCCCUAUCCUUAUCCGAAUCUUGUGACUUUCGUUUGAAUUCGACACUGACACUGACUGAGACUCCAAUCCCAUCGCUAUCAACGAGUCUUCUUGACUGCAGUCUCGCUUCCUCCUUACCAACCACAGUUUCGUCAUCAUGGCUACCUUGGCGGAACACCCGGCUGUUGCGCCUUCAACUUAUGAACAAGACAUUGAAUCGUUCCUGAAUCUAGACCAACUUGCUUACACUACCGCGGAAACUGCUCGAUCAAAGACCGCACUCAUCACCCAACCCACUCUGCCCAGUACUGAAUUCAACGCAGGCGAUGUACGAAGUGCUGGUUUCGCUUCGACAAACCCAACGCCAGUCGCGUUUCAGGCCCCGAGUCACCAGUAUGACGAACAUAAGCAACAAACCGGUCUGCCCCCGGGCGCUUUAGCUCAUGCCAUGACAUUCAACCACAUGAAUGGAAUGGGAUUCGGUGGUGCAAGCCCCAACUACCCGAUCAAUGGUGAUAUGUUCGCUGGUGGUCAGAUCAAGCGCGAAGAUGCUCCGAUGGAUUUCAACAGUCCCCCGACACGGAACCCUUCCGAAAUGGACCUGGAGUCUGACAAUAUGGGAACCGCCUCGGCCUACUUCCUUUCGCCGAACCCUAACAACAGAAAUCAAUUCGUGGAUCCAACCGCCUUGAGCGGUCAUGAGGUUGUUCACGCUGGUCCUUCCACUCAAGUGGGUCGCAUGUAUCCUGGUAUGCACCAGCAGCAAGCUGCCAUGGCCAAGGCGGCACAACAACAGAGACAUCAUGAAUUCCUCCGUCAGCAGCAAUUCCAGCAGCAACAGCGUCGAUUGGAUGAGCAUAUGCAUCAGCAUGGGGCUCCUCACAGCCAGACUCCUCGUCCACCCAACCCACUGGUAGAGGAGCGGAUCUCGCGGCUUUUGCAGCAGAUGCGCCAGAAUGCCAUGGGCUCCCCCGAUGAUUCGCCGUCUCCUUCAUCUCUGCCUCAGAUGGCCAAGGCCAAAAAGGACGAGCAGGAUAUGGAUGAAGAUGAGCGCCUCCUGGCCAGUGAAGAGGGCAAGAAGCUUAGCAGCAAGGAACGUCGCCAGCUUCGCAAUAAGGUUUCCGCUCGUGCCUUCCGUUCUCGCAGAAAGGAAUAUAUUGGUCAACUCGAAAGUGAAGUGGCCGCCAAAACCAAUGAAGCUCAUGAGCUUCGUCUUCAAAACCGUGCCCUAUUCGAGGAGAACGGUCGUCUGACUGACCUCGUUCGCACGCUCCUGUCUUCGCCUCAUUUCGGCCAGGUUCUGGACGAACUCAGCGUCGGCGGUGUCCCGAUGUCCAACCAAGCGCAACCACAGCAACUUCCUCAACACCAACAUCAGCCGCAGCCUCAGCCUCAGCCUCAACAGCAAUCAGCACAUCCUCAACCGCAACCCCAGCAACAACCACCCACCAUGUCACAACCACCUAUGCAACAGCCUUCUCAGGUUGGCAUGGUCAUGGUUCCAAACCAGGGACUUGAUGCUUCCGCUAUGGGCAUGAACAAUGCGGGUUGGAACUCGGGCAUUGAUAUGAACUUCGGCAAUGCCUCGGUCUUCGCCGUACUGGAGGUCCCUGAGCCCAUUAUCGACUCUGAGUCUUUAUCUGGAAAGUCUUUCACUUUCAUGGAGUCUUGCCUUUCCAACAACUCUGGUGCAAAGAGUGAAGCUCCUGUUCUUGAGUCUCUGCCCGUGGACGCUAAGGCGCCCGUCACUGUCGGCGUCGAGAACCCGGAUGUCAAGAUUGACGAGUCCGAUCCCGCUUUUGCCCUAUUCCUGGACGCGCCCCGUGCUUCUUCCUCGGAUUCUCCCGCGAUCUCCUUUGGGAGUAUUUCAGAGAAACCGACAGCUACUUUUGAGCUGGUGGUCGAGAACCAGCCUCAGGACUGUGACACUCGGUUUGCUCAAUUCUGCCACAGUAUGGAGGCCGCCUUUGAACGUGUUUCCUUAAUGACUUCUCACCUCUCAUGAUUCCCCUUUUUGCAACUUGAAUUUUACAAUUUUGCGUGAUGCAAGCCUGCUCGUGGGUUGGCUUUCCGAAAUACUCAGGUGUAGACACCGAUGUCUCUCUUUCGUCAAUGAUUUUCUUCUCAAGCUCUCAAUCAUCUGCUUGGAAUGCAGUCGCUUGCACUCAAUCUGGGUUUCCUUUACUUCCCAUUUUUCCAUUUGUUUUCUUUCUUUUUUUUGCCUUCAUUACAUGCCUCUAGAUGCUGGAGGUCUCGAAUGCGCUUAUGGGGUUAUACGGAUUGGUCUAUUUGGAUGCGAUUUUUACUAGGGACGGACUUACAGGAUGCAAGGUACUGGGUACUGGCGGAUAAGGAAACACAAGGCAUUCAAUACAGAACAUAUCCAAAA